GACACAGUCAGGGCGAUCGUGGCCGCCUCGUCGCUGCCGCUGUCGAUCCUCAUCGUCGGCAUCGGCACAGCGGACUUCUCAAAAAUGGAGGCUCUGGACUCGGACAGGCGGCUGCUGGAGGCCGAUGGGCGGAAGGCGCAGCGCGACAUUGUGCAGUUUGUGGAGUUCAACAGGUUCAAGGGGCGGGGGGAGGCGCUCGCCGCGGAGCUGCUGGAGGAGCUGCCGGGGCAGUUCCUGGCGUACAUGCGGUGA